GCAUUGGCUGUUGGCAUUACAAGAGCACCAAGAGAGAAAGCCCAAAACGGAGAAGAAUACACGGACGCACGUGCAUUCACAGAAAUUGUAACACUUCAGAUGCCUCAUCAAAAGAUACCCAAAUAUAUGUUGUCUACAAAUCCUUGAGUAGAUAUUGGCACCUCAUUCCCAAGGAGGACCACGGCUUAGUUCAUAUGUUUUCCUUUAGCAAAUCCUAAUAGCUAGCUGAGAGUCUUUCCCACAUAAUAGAGUGGUCUCCAAACAGAAUCUGUUCUUGCAAGGCAUUCUGCCCUUCCGUCCUGUUUCACUGACAGCUCGUCACCAGGCAGGUAACAAAGCGUCACACCACCUGGCUUAACAACUCGGCUGGAGACCGGUUCUCAGAACGUCGCUGCCGCCCUUUGGUUGUGGCCGCGUCCUUCAUCUCCAUGGACACACACAGCUCGUAAACAAUGCCCUGUUCAGGAACCACAGCCGGGCUCUCUCCAAACGCUGUCCUGUUGGACACAAGAAGCAACCACAGGAGCUAUCCUGAAACUUUAAAUCUGCAGGAGCAGAUUCAGCGUGAAGUAUGACAUCCAAGAAGAAGAAGCUGAAACAAGACAUCGUGCGUGCAGGAACAAAUAAAGAAGGACUAAGAACCAAGAAUGCAGAAAUAUCCAAAGGAAGAAGCCACACAGAAGCACUUGUCAGAGAGAGGAAGCAGUAUUUGCAGAAGGAAUACGAGACCCUUUCUGAACACAUGAAUACAUAUUUGGGAAGAGUGGAGCAUUUCCUUCGUGAGAAUGAUAUCCUAGAAAAGGAAGCUCAGCAGAAUCAGGAAGAGAGCAAUGCUUAUCUCUCCUACAUAGCAAAACACAGCCAGAAGUACCAAAAUAUGAUAAUAACAUUAAAUGACCAGAAUCACACUGAUCUAUCUCAAAUCAAGAAGCAGAAAGAGAAGCUGAUCUCAGAGUAUGCAGAAAAAGAGAAGGAGGUAAGGAACUACCUCAUGGAUAUGGAGGCAAAAUAUUCUCUUAUGAACACGGAGGUUGAAGGCUUGCGGCCUUUCAAAGACCUGCAGCUGGAACAGAUGAACAAGAUUAAGGACCUGGAGAAGGAGUUGUUGGUCACAAAGAUCCAGCAUUCAGAACAAAUGCACAAAAUCAAGGGCAAAUUUCUUCAGGCCAAGGCAGCCUGUGAGGCAGAGUGUCAUCAGAGGAUCCAGUUUCUGACCAAGAAAGCAGAAGAAGCAGCAGUACAAUCUCUGAUUCAGCAUGCCAGACAAAUAAAAGCAGAGAACUGGCAUCUACGCCAGGAACUGUUCAACCUCAUCCAGUGCUCACACGUUCUGAAAGCGGUGAGGCUUCGACUGCAGGAGCAGCAGCAGCAGCUUCUCCAGGAGAACCAGUGCAGCCAGGACAUGGCGCGCAUGCGGCGUCGCUUUCCCCAUCACGGUGCACGAUGCAAACAGAUAAACCUACAGCUUCCCUAGGCCCUUCGGAUGUGUUCACUAGCCSAGAAGAACCGCUUCUCUACUCCUCCUGCACACCAACACCACUAGACAUAGCGGAGUGCUGCUGCUACCAGGCAGGUAAUGAAGGAGGCAGCAGCGAGGUGAACUGCUGACACGACCUGUGGGCGAGUGCCUGGUUUGAUUCACACGCUCUAUGCCGAGAGCACGAUCCAAAUAUAUCCUAAAAGCAACCUCCCCUUUAACUUCCAGAACAUCCACAUUAAGUGGCAGUAGAAACUGCAAUUCUCAUUCCCCACAAUAAAAUGAGAUUUUCUCU